GAAGAGCGGUGUUUUAUUGGCGUGCCACCCCUUCCUCGCUUUCCAUCGCUCGCCGAGCUUUCCUUCUCGUGAUUGCCAAAUUCGAGCGUCUCUAUUCUUUUCUCUCUUCGCACAGGCCAAUCGAUCGACCGAGGGAUACUGUUCCAUUCCAGGCGAGGACAAAUUCGUGAUGAGCGAGGGAAGAAUUCGUGGAUUCCCGGUACCGCUUCUCUUCUCUUUUAGGCACUCAAUCCAGCCAUUGUCAUAGUAGUAGCACAGAGUCCCCUACGAGCUGGGUAUUUCCUUCGUAGAUCAUCGCUCUGGGAUGGAUCAAACCGAUCUUCAUCCAGUGCCUCCACCCGAAUUUGUCUGCCCAAUUUCUUUGGAAUUAAUGCGGGAUCCCGUGACCGCUUGCACAGGCGUGACAUACGAUCGGAGCAGCAUCAACAAGUGGCUCGAGCGCGGCCAGGAUUGCUGCCCAGCGACGAUGCAACCGCUCCACCAGAAUCACUCGCUCGUGCCCAACAACGCGCUGCGGAGCCUCAUCCAUCAGUGGUGCGAAUCCCAUUCCACCACCAGCGAUCUCUUCCGGAGCUCCACCAGCCCGAUCGACAGGCCGCACAUCCUCCUCCUGCUAGACAGGAUCCAGAAAGACCCUGCCAAUGUUGACGCCCUCUCCAAGCUCAAGAGCAAGGCGCGGGAGAGCACCAAGAACAGCCGAGCCAUCGUCGACGCCGGCGCCGUCACCGUCCUGUCCGGCGUUCUCAGCGCUCCGUACCCCCAGGACGCGAGGGAUCCUCCGGACAAGGCGUGGCUCCAGCCGAUUGAAGAGGCAAUCGCCAUCCUCGCCUAUCUUCCCGCCAGUUACAACUCGCGAAGAGCCCUAAUCUCGCCCAAGCCCCUCCGUUCGAUCUCGUGGAUUCUGUGCAUGGGUUCCCCGCCGGGAAUGAUGAGCGCGAUAGCGGUGCUAGAUGGCCUAGCCAGCGAUAAAGGCGCCCAGAUCGCCAUCGGAUCGACGGCUGGGGUGAUCGAUGGUCUUGUCGCCAUUCUGCGCCGGAAUGGCAACCAGGUGCUAGUGAAUUCCAGCCUCAGGGCAUUGCUGGGCAUUUGCUUGCCACUGAGGAACAGGGCUAGGGCGGCGCGCACCGGCGCCGUGGCGGCGCUGGUGGAGCUCCUCCCGGACACCAGCGGCGGCGUGGCGGAGCACAUUUUGAUCGUGCUGGAGCUCCUCUGUGGCUGCGCCGAGGGCCGGGCGGCGAUCGAUGAUCACGCGCUCGCGAUCCCGGCGAUCGUGAAGAAGAUUUUGAGGGUGUCGGACUCCGCGACUGCGAAUGCGGUGGGGAUUUUGUGGGCGGUGUGUAGGGACAGUGGGAGGAGUAGCGCCGCCAUGAGGGAAAGGACUGGCGGAUUGGGAUUGUUUGGGAAAUUGCUACUGCUGCUAAGAAGGGAUGUGAGCCCAGGGACGAGGCACAAGGUGAUUGAUAUUCUAGACAAGGUCUACAAUGCACGAAUGGAUCUCUCCUCGCCACCACCGCCCGCCUCUUUGUAGAGUAACCCCGCGAUUUUUCCGUCUUGUAAAAUUCUUUUCCCGGUUAAACCAUAGGAUUGUGUAUUCUCUCGGGCGUUGAUUUUUAAGAAUGUGUAAUGUAAAAAACUCUUGGAUUUC